UGGACCCGGAAAUGGCUAUACGUCACGCGUGACGUCAGACUAACAACAGGAUUAUCACUGCCGCCUGAUCACUGGUGACGAGUUCUUCAGAGAGUUAGCUCGAAGGGUCUUUUGAAAUGUUGGCUGCACGGAGAGCUCUGCAGUUUGGUCUCAGGGUAGCCACGGCGUCGACACGUGGCUGUGCUGGUUCCGCUGUGGCGGUGGACGAUGUUGUGAACGGGCUUACCGAAGAGCAGAUACAGCUCAGACAGACAGUCCAGAGGUUCUUUCAGGAGCAGCUGGCCCCUUACGCGGAUGAUAUUGACAGGACCAAUGAGUUCAAGGGGAUGCGGGAGUUUUGGAGGAAGUUAGGGAAUCUGGGAGUCCUGGGGAUCACUGCUCCAGUGGAGCUGGGUGGCUCGGAACUGGGGUAUCUGGAUCAUGUGAUUGUCAUGGAGGAGAUGUCAAGGGUGUCUGCGGCUGUGGCACUCAGUUACGGGGCGCACUCCAAUCUCUGUGUGAAUCAGCUGGUGCGCCAUGGCAACCAGGCGCAAAAGGAGAAGUACAUGCCCAAGCUGAUGACAGGGGAGCAUGUGGGAGCUCUGGCCAUGAGUGAGCCUAACGCAGGCUCCGAUGUGGUGUCCAUGAAGCUGAAGGCCAAGAAGGAAGGUGACCACUAUGUGCUCAAUGGCAACAAAUUCUGGAUUACAAAUGGGCCAGAUGCCGAUGUGCUCAUUGUAUAUGCCAAGACAGUUCCUGAGGCAGCGGCACGAGGCAUCACUGCAUUCAUCGUAGAGAAGGGCAUGCCGGGGUUCAGCACAGCACAAAAGCUGGACAAGCUUGGCAUGCGAGGCUCCAAUACCUGCGAGCUCAUCUUUGAAGACUGCAAGAUUCCAGAGGAGAAUGUCCUGGGCCCUCUCAACAAAGGUGUGUAUGUCCUGAUGAGUGGGCUAGACCUGGAGAGACUGGUGCUGUCAGCUGGGCCUUUGGGCAUCAUGCAAGCGGUAAUAGACCAUGCUGUUCCUUACAUGCACAUCAGAGAAGCCUUUGGGCAGAAGAUUGGCCACUUUCAGCUUUUGCAGGGCAAGAUGGCGGACAUGUACACGCGCUUGAGUUCGUGUCGGCAGUACGUGUAUAAUGUGGCUCGUGCCUGUGAUAAGGGUCACUUCAGCGCCAUGGACUGUGCUGGAGUCAUCCUUUACUGUGCAGAGAAUGCCACUCAGGUUGCUUUGGAUGGAAUUCAGUGCCUGGGGGGCAAUGGAUACAUCAAUGACUACCCCAUGGGGCGGUUCCUGCGUGAUGCCAAGCUGUAUGAGAUUGGGGCGGGCACCAGUGAGGUGCGCAGGAUCAUUAUUGGUCGCGCCUUCAAUGCCAUGUUCAAGUAGGUGGCGCAGGUGAGCCAAGGUUGUGCUGCCGAUGCCAUACUGCACAGAUGGCAGAGCCUCUCCUGGCACGAGGCCAUUCAACUGCAGCCACAGCUGCUGAGAGGCAGUGAGAUCUGGAAUGAGGCUUCACCACACCUUCCACAAACAGGACAAUUUAACUGACAUGGAGGUGCCAGCUUUCUUACACCCUUACGGAAACCGUCAGUUAGUUUUUCUAGAUCCUGUGCUAAAUCUGUUCGAAGAGCAGAACUGUCACCUAAUCUCAGGGGAUUACAGUCUGCUACCUGUUUCCUCUGAGCCAGUACCCAGGAUUGGUGGCGUGGACACGUCCUGGAAAUUCCAAUAUUGGGGGUUGGUAUUCUGAUUGGUGACACAGUUAAUAAGCUCUAACACUGUAUUUUGUCACGCAAUAUUUUUCAAGAAAACCUUUACAAAACACACCUUGAGGUGUGUUUAUCAUGUGAAGUCUUUAUUUGAUCUUGUACCUGUCUUUUCUACAUUUCUCUCAUGUCAAAAGGUUUGUUGUGCAUCUGUAAAACCUUCACGUAUAAUCUUCAUUUCAUUUGGUAGCCUAGCAAAAAUAUACUUGCAUUCUCAAAGGAAUGUAAAAAAAAUCUCAGAAAAAUUUUUAUUUAGAAUCACUAAUCCUGUGUUCUGUGUUCGUGGUCAUUUGUAGGUUUUUUUGUCGAAGCAUCUCUGUAUAAAGCACUUAAGUAUAACACUACUCUGCCUUGCUGUGGAUAUUGUGUGUUGUAAACCCCCAUUGAUGGGUUGUGUUAACCCACAAGUUUGCCUCCAUGUUUGUAUAGAAUAAAGCAA